AAAAGGGGUUGAUUGGCUAGGAAUUUUUAGGGGCUCUUGAAACAUCCCGAUAGCGGCUGCGAUGCGCUGGGGAGCAUCAUGUGAUUUGGGGGUAUGUAGGUGACGGAGGAACAUUGAAGCGCUUGAGAAGAAGAAGCGUGUCGCUGUGCUGCUUUGGAUGUCUUUGAUCACGACGAGUUGGUUAUGUGAAUGAGGCCGAAGAAAAGGGUGUGAAAAUCGCCCCCUGACCUCAAGCGGGCGAUAAGCGAUAAGAUAACCGAUAACCAACUUGGCGGGCUCGCCGGGUUCAAGAUUUUCUCUAUUCAGUCUCUACAACCUCAACCUCCUCAUCUCUCCCCACCACCAAAAAUGCCCACCCCCAUCCCAAUCACAAUCCUAACCGGCUUCCUCGGCUCCGGCAAAACCACCCUCCUCCUCUCCCUCCUCCCCCAACUCCACGCCCUCAACCCCUCCUACAAACUCGCCCUCCUCAAAAACGAAUUCGGAGACCUAGCCAUCGACUCCCAACUCGCGCGCUCCUCCUCCAUCUCCUCCGUCCGGGAACUGCUCAACGGCUGCAUCUGCUGCAACCUCGUCGGCUCCCUCUCCUCCGCCCUGGCCGAGCUCUCUUCGGCCCAAAAUCCAGACCGCAUCGUCAUCGAGACCUCCGGGUCCGCGUUCCCCGCCACGCUAGCUAUGGAGGUUAAUCGGCUCGCGAGAGAAACGGGAGGUAGGUAUGCGUUAGAUGGCGUGGUCACGGUGCUGGAUGUGGAGAAUUGGAAGGGGUACGAGGAUACGAGUUUCACGGCCAAGAUACAGGCGCGGUACACGGAUCUGGUGGUUUUUAAUAAGUGGGAGGUGGCGGGGGAGAGGAGGAUGGAGGAGUGUUUGGAUCGGUUGGGGGAUUUGGAGGGCGUGGAUGUGGCGUGGGUUAAGAGUGAGAGGGGAAGGGUGGAUGUUGGGUUGGUUUUUGGGAUUGAUGGUGGAUUGGCGAGGGGGUUGGUCGAUGAUGGACAUGCGCGUGAGCAUGCGCAUGAGAAUGGGGAGAAACAUGAGCAUGCAGAUGGGAAGGGACAUCAAUCCGAAGUCGAAGUCCUAUCCAUAACCCUCACCUCUCCCUCUCCCUCCUCAACGAUCUCUCCAUCCCCGCUCCUGCACCUCCUGAAAACAGCUCCAAAAGACGAAGUCUACCGCAUAAAAGCCGUCUUGACAUCCUCGUCUCCUAUCCCGUCUUCUGAUCCCACCACUUCUCCUUCCCCUCCAUCAAACGGCACAGGGAAAUAUAUUCUGAACUGGGCGUUCGGUCGCUGGACAUGUACACCGAUGAACAGUGGAGGGGAGGAACAUGAGAGUAGUAAGGGGGAUGGAGUCGUGCUGAGGAUGACGAUGAUAUUGGCGCGGUACGAGAGUAAGAAGUGGAAGAAGCGGAUUGAAGGGGGUGGGUAUUUGGAGAUAGAGGGAGGGCAGGAGAAGGGGGAGUUGAGGGUUGAGAAGAUUGCUUGAAUAUAUAGACAGGUGCAUUGUGAUGGAGUUUUGGGUUUGGGUGCGUGUAGAGAAUAAUAGAAUUAGAGACU